UACUGGUAGUAGUACUACUAGUACUACUAGUAGCACGUAGUGCGUAAAAGUGCCCUUCCAAUUUUAUGGUUCGUUACUGUAGAAUGAAUGCACGUAAAGUUCCGCACAGUACGAACAUCGAACCUCCGAUUUUCGUCGGGACAGGGUGGUCCCUUCUCGGCCCCCAUUUUGGCAGACGCGAGUUGUCAAGAUGAGCAACACCGUCGCAACCGUCCCGGAGUCGCCGAGUUCGACAGCAUUGAACCGCUUCGAGGAAAUUCCCGAGGAGGCCACCAUCUUCAGUCCGGCACCGCUCCCAUCGGCUGUUCUAGCGCUGCCCGGCAACGCAAAUGCCAUCGAGAUCGGAAAAGCAUCUCGGGUGAUUCCCGAUCGCAACGCCCUGCUAGUGGGCCGCCAGGUCUCGUCUUGUGACAUUCGCAUCGGACACAAAUCACUGAGUCGUCGGCACGCUCUCUUGUAUUACCAUUCCGCCCGUUUAUGGGUCCUGGAUUUGAAAACAAAGGCGGGAACAUUUGUCAAUGAAAAGAAAAUUAUUUCGGGGACACCGGUUGAAUUGAACGACGGGGACACGAUUCAAUUCGGGAAGGCAAAGCCGAUUUUCACCGUUCGCUGGGACAAGAACAGUGCCCUUAAUGAAGUCGACGACCAGGAUUCUGGCAAGGCAAACGCGGCAAAUUCUAGUAUCCAAGAAGGAGCAUCAAAAAGUGACGAACAAGGCGGGCAAGAUCCUCAUAACAACAGGAGUAGCAGGAAUACCGAUGCUGACAACAACGUUUCUUCGAAAGGCAAAGCCAUCACGAAGAACGGAAACGAAUCCGGGGAACCUCCUUCGCUUGAAGGCUUGACAGGUCGCGAGAGAAGACGAGCAGAAAUUGCUGCCAUGAUGGCAUCCCUGGAUGAAACACCGACUUACGAAAAAUACGUGCCGACUGCAACGAGCAAUGCCGGGACACAACAACCACAGCAGGAGUCUCAUCGGACACCAAGCGACGAUAACUGUUUCGGAGAAGAACAAGCUUCCCUCGAAAGGAAGAAAACGCGGGUAUUGGAAAAACACCGCAUCCCUAUCACGGACUGCACCGAUAUGGCGGUUCUGGACACUUCGCACGUUUCAACGAGCGCCAUGGAUCCCACGGGUGCAAGAUUUGCAAUCGGAAGCAUGGACUCUUCACUCAAACUCUACGACUUUGCUGGAUACAACAUCAUUGAUCCCGUUCCCUUUCAGCAUUUCAUAGUCGAAGAUGGCUAUCCCGUUCGAAGCAUGGCCUAUAGCUCGGAUGGAUCGUCGAUAUUGAUCGGGACUGGAUCGGCACAACCCCGCGUCUUUAGUCGUGACGGAAGCGAGCUCGUAAAAUUUGUUCGUGGAGACAUCUAUGUACGGGAUCCCUCCAAGACCAUUGGCCACACGGCGCCGGUUACCAGUGUUGGCUGGCAUCCCCUCGAGGCAUCCACCGUGUUUUCCACGUCUCGAGACGGAAGUUUGCGAUGUUGGAACAUUGACAAGGGCAAGCUCUCCUUCGGUAUGCUGAAUUGCUCCGAUGUGAUCGGCAUCAAACAUCUAAGGACGGGGCGUAUGACGAUACCAACCUGCUUGGCCAUAUCGCCAAACACAUUAGCGGUUGGGACAGAAUGUGGGAGCUUGCAAAUAUUUAAAUAUCCGUUCGUCUCGAAGCUUCGACCGCAACAAUCUGUUCAGGUGUCAUUACCGAAUACAGAAAAGAAAACCAAGAAGGAUGCCGAUCCAAUUGUGAGCUUGGUAUAUUCCCUCGAUGCAACCAAAAUAGCGGUGCGUACCAAAAAGGAGGUGACCUUGUGGAACGCAGCUUCCAAGCUUUCUACUUCGACUCAGCCAUGGAUGAAAUACGACAAUCUUCCACUUCACGACGAUGACACGGGCGCUGAUAGCAGCACGCCUACCAUGGCAUUUUCUCCAAACGGAAAAAUCCUUUGCGUCGCUACCAAUACAAAAGUGGAUGGCAGUGGGAAAGAUUACCGCAGUCGCCUAGAACUGUUUUUGCUUCCAAAGGAAUCCAAACCGAAACGCGACAAAAAAUAUACUUCUCCCGUCUUCUCUAUGCCUAUUUCGGAUGGAAAAGAUGAUGCCGGCUUUGUAAUGAGCCUCUCAUGGCAUCCAAAACUCAACCAGCUUCUGGUGACCACACAAAAGGGAUUCCAGGUUUUUUUUUCCACCGAAUGGUCGAAGAACGGCAUCCUGCUGACAAGUGGUCGCAGAAAGAAGCGCAAAAGCGUCGAAGAGAGCCUGCAAGAUCUCUAUGCAGCACGCGCUCCUCCUCCCGGCACCGCCAUUCGGCAAGAAGAAAUCAUCACUCCGAAUUCGCUGCCCCUCUUUAGUGGGGACAAACAACGCGCGAAAAGCAAGAAGCAACGCGCCGAAGAAGAUCACCAGGACUCGGUGGCCAGGCACAUUCCGCAGCAGCCUUCGAAGGGAGUUUUCAAUACCGGGGUGAACAUGUUUACGCAAAUGAUAAUGGACGACAGAUCCUCGCAUCAAAAGAAAAUUGCGGGAAUGGAUCCGCGAGAGGCUUUGGCAGAAUAUAGCGAGGGGAAAUCUUUCAUUGGCAAAGCUUAUGAAGGAAACGUCGAACGUAUUUUGACCGAAAAGACAAUGGAACAAGAACAAGAGGAAAUGAACGGGAAAGCUCAGAACAAGAAGUAACACCUCAAGUAGGAACUAAUUGUCUACAAAAAUCUAAAUAGAAAUACGGUAUGCUU